AUGCAGUAUUCUUUAGCAUACGAAGUUCAGGAAAAGAUCGAGACUGGUCAGAAGUUUUCGGUGAUCCGCGAUGGUGAAGCAAUUGAUGUACCAGUGUCGGACCUAGUUGUUGGAGACAUAGCACGAGUGAAGUAUGGAGACCUUAUUCCGGCAGACGGCUUUCUGAUUCAAGGAAACGAUCUAAAGGUAAGAACGAUAUACCAGAUAGAUGAGUCAUCACUCACCGGAGAAUCGGAACACAUCAGAAAGACACCAGAAUCCGAUCCGGUUUUGCUAUCCGGCACUUAUGCGAUGGAAGGUUCGGGAAAAAUGGUGUUGACCGCUGUUGGUGUGAACUCGCAAACAGGAAUCAUCAUGACUCUACUUGGUGCUGGAAAAUCUGGAAUGGGUGGGCAAGAUGACGACUCGACAUCAAGAACAACGGUCGCCGUAGUGGCACUGGUGGUCCUGGUCACUCGAUUCUGCAUAGAACACUAUGUUCGCGACGAGAUUCCGUUUAGUAUUGCCGACAUCCAAAUGUUCGUCAAGUUCUUCAUCAUUGCGGUUACAAUUUUGGUGAUAUCUAUUCCUGAAGGGUUACCGCUAGCCAUUGCACUUGCGCUCACGUAUUCUGUCAGAAAGAUGAUGUUCGACAACAAUCUGGUGCGACACUUGGAUGCAUGUGAGACUAUGGGAAACGCUACAUCAAUCUGUUCCGACAAGACUGGAACCUUGACCACCAAUCGAAUGACCGUCGUCGACUCGUAUAUAAACGGUAAUCAUUAUAAAGGACAAGAAAACCAGCCAAGUGGAGCAGCAUUGCCAGGGAACACUGUUGACCUAAUAACAGAGUCGAUCUCAGUCAACUGGCUUGCUUCUAGCGCUUAUAACUCGAUGAUCGUUGAGCCAACAAAAGUCGGCGAGCAGUUGCAGCAGUUGGGUAACAAAACCGAAUGCGGGCUGCUCGGCUUUGUUCAGAGACUCGGUGGGGACUACGCAACGAUUAGGAAGAAAUUUCCUGAGGAAUCACUUGUCAAGGUAAUACGAAGUGUUAUCGUUUUAUAUGCAGCUGUAAAUUGCAGGAGCUAUAAUGUUUUACUAUGCUUGCUUUAUAUUAAGAUGGAAACACUUUUGUGUGCAGCACAGUGGUUAGAAAAGUUCUGA